CCAUCCGUUUCUCGCGUCUCCUCCUCAAUGCCUGGCGCAUUCCUGUAUCGGCGUGGCUGCCACAACAGCCUCAGUCAAUAGCGCCCCGUGCGUGAGCCCAUGUUUGCCGGAGUAUGUGGGUGUGAGACAUGUCUGCCUUCAUCGCGGGUUUCAUGCCCAAGGAACGAGGAGCCGCCUUGCCAGGUUGUUUUUGCUGUCCUUGGCCUUUGGACAUCGCCAAGGACUUAAGGGACCUUUUCCUCGACAAGUAUUUGACUUCUCGCCAUCAUCAGUCGCUUGUUUUCUCACAAUCCGGUUCUGCAGUUGAGGGUUACAUUCCUUUCUCUUCCUCUUAAUUAUUUUCUACCAGAUUACGUUGAACGUAUCUGUCUCUUCUUCUCUUCUCUCUAUUAUAAUCCACCGCCAGCCGGAUCUCCACUCCUUAUACCUUUUUUCUCGCUCCAGAUCUCACUUCAAGACUUCAACAUGCGGUUUUCGACUCUCAUCCCCCUUAUCCUCGCGGCAGGUGUCGCCAAUGCCCAGUUUGGUGGACAGGGCAACAAUGGUGGACAAGGCAACAACGGCGGCCAGAACAACGGGCAAAACAACGGCCAGAACAACGGGCAAAACAACGGACAGAACAAUGGUCAGAACAACGGUCAGAACAACAACGGUGGCAACAACAACAAUGGCGGCAACAACAACCUCUGCCUCAACCAGGACAAUGUUCAGGAUGCCAGUCAAUCUGAUGGACUUGGAGGUCAAGCGGAGGAGGGACAGGCUCCUUCUAACACCGAUAAUGCCAACUUCAUCAACUUCUGUCAAGGCAAGACUAAGACCAACGGUCUUCAGGUCCGUGAGGGUUCUUGUAACGGCAUUGUCUACGGAGAUAUCCCUUCUGUCAAUAACAUGGUCUCAACUGUCUUUGUCAACCCCAAGAAUGGCGACACUAUUCAAGCCAACCAGGCAAUCACAUUCGCCGUCAAGACCAACAACCUGGUGGCUGGCUCGUUUACGAAUCCCGACAACACCUACUACGCUGCCCCCCAGACUCUCCAGGGCGGAAAUAUUGUUGGCCACACGCACAUCACUGUCCAGGACCUGAAUGGCAACAUCAACGGCGAGGAGCCACCUAACCCACAGACGUUUGCUUUCUUCAAGGGUGUCAACACCGCUGCCAACGGCCAGGGUCAACUUACUGCCGACCUUGCUGAUGGUCUUCCUGAUGGCGUCUACCGCGCCUGCACUCUUACCUCGUCCAGCAACCAUGCACCUGUUAUCAUGCCUGUUGCUCAGCGUGGUCCCCAGGAUGACUGUGUAAGGUUCACCGUUGGUGGCAACGGCGGCGGCAACAACAACAACGGCGGCCAGAACAAUGGUCAGAACAAUGGUCAGAACAACGGUCAGAACAAUGGUCAGAACAACGGACAGAACAAUGGCCAGAACAACGGUCAGAACGGCGGCCAGGGUCAAGGAGGUCAGGGCGGUCAGGGUCAAGGAGGACAGGGAGGCCAGGGUGGUCAAGGUGGCUUCGGUGGACGUCGUGGCCGCGGUCGUGGACGCUUCUCCCGCCGCCACUACAUCGCAUAAACGGCUCCAUUCACACCUACACGCCGAACAGGGUUGACAAGAGUGUAGAAGUAACGCAUGAUUAGGGGGGUUGGCAACAACACAGUGAGGUUUGGAGUUUAAGGGCGGUUAUACGCCGCUAUAAUGGAUGGCUUUCUAUUCUUGAAAACACACAACGGGAACCAAAUUUUUUAUCCAUUGGUUAAGUUAUAAACAAUCACACAGAAACAAUACACAUACACAUAUGGGACGAUGGGGGUAAAGAGCAAAGGGGGCCAAAGGAGAGGAAAGAGAGGGAUGUCAAUACUCUACGGAGAUUGAAGCAAAAGCGCUUCAUUGGACUGGUUCUAAAGGUUGCGCGAGCGGGCGAGAGAAAUCUUUUCUUUGUUUUAUUCUUUUUUUUAUCUUGUUCCUUUGCGCCCUACGUAGCUUCUUUUAUCCCCCCAAUAUCCCCCGGCCCUAUGCAAUUGAUGAAAUGUAGAAUUAUCACCUUUUUUUACCUUCCUUUUCCCUCGCACU